CGGGCCGGGGGGUGGUGGGCUGAGAGUGGGUCGGGGCUGGGGAGGCGGUAGUGGGAUCGUGGGGUGUUCGGAGCUGAGCGGUGAGCGGGGAACCGGAGGCUGGGCCUGGCGGUCAGGCCUGUGGAGGGCUGAGGGGCCGCGGGGCCGUCCCUGCGUCCGCUUCUUUCUCCCUGCGUCCGCUUCCUUCUCCCUGCGGCGCUGCCCCCUGUUCUCCUAGCAGCCCAGCUGUGCGUGUGAGAGAUGCUUGUUUUCUUGCUUGCCUCUCCCCGCCCGAUGGCCGUGUGCUGGUAGUUAGCCCUGUUCUGCAGGUGGAGGACUCCUCACGCUUCCCUUCUCCAGGCCCCUGGGCCGUACAGCCGAGUGGAGGAUGGUAAAAGCAGCCCCGUGCUGUGCUGCGUGAGGCGUUUCGUGCUGUGUGAGGCAGCGCUCGCAGCAAGAUGCCUCAUGCUUUGAGAAGUUCAUUACUGUAGGUUCCAUGAGCUUGGCUGGUAAUCGUGUGAUAUACACAAGCACUGGAUGACCAUAACUAAACAAUGUCUGUACCACGUGGAGCUGUCCAUGCAAAAUGGAUAGUAGGGAAAGUCAUAGGAACCAAAAUGCAGAAAACUGCCAAAGUGAGAGUGACAAGACUUGUACUAGAUCCUUACUUACUAAAGUUUUUUAACAAGAGGAAAACCUAUUUUGCCCACGAUCCAUUGCAGCAGUGUGUUGUUGGAGACAUCGUUCUUCUUAAGGCUUUGCCUGAGCGGAGGAGCAAGCACGUGAAACACGAACUGGCUGAAAUUGUUUUCAAGGUUGGAAAUGUCAUAGAUCCGAUCACAGGAAAGCCCUGUGCAGGAACCAGGUUUCUUGAAAAUCUAUCAGAUUCAGAAAACCUGACAGAGGCAGAUACCACUUAUCUAAGUGAAAAACUCCAGGAACUCAAAGUUUGUUCAACAGACAAAUAGUGGAGAAAAUAAUUAAACGGGGCUUUCCAGCUCAUCUCUGUCAGGGAUGUUUGGGUCCCUGAAAUUGUAUGUUAAAAUGUUUUGGUGAAAUUUGUAGUCAAAGUAAGUAGCAAGCAUAGUUGCUUCUAAGAACAGACGUUCCAGAAGAAAAACUUGGUGCCUCAUAUGAAAACAUGGAAAAUGUGAGUUAAACGUUAAUGCUUCAUUUUGUUGCAUGUAGUUCUGCCCAAAGUCUUGACACUUUCCAAAGCCAGCUGCUCACUUGGGGAAUGACUCUUCUGUACCAAGAGAAAAGAAUACAAGAAGGGUUGUUUUAAUUGUUCUGUAUUUCAGGCGAUCUUUUGUGAUUUGUAGGCUUAAAAUGCUAUUAAACCUUUUGAAAAGAAGUGUAGAAACUUUAAA